AUGGAGAACAACCGUUCGUCCAAAAGGACAGUUCAGGAUGCUGAGCUGGGUAAAGCCGGUGAUGUCCGGAAUGGUGGAAUUAGCAGGGCAACACCACGAUCUCUCAGUCGUGCUGUCAGCCCUCCGCUCAAGAAACGCCGCACAAGCCCAGAGGAAGGAGAAGAAGAAUCCGUUCCCGCAGAAGAGCAGGCAAAAAAGCAGCCAUGUUCAUAUCGUAGGGUCGUCGCGUCGCCCUUUCAUCUUACCACGAUUCGCUCCUUGGGACAAAAUUCCAACAAAGAUACUGUAUCACUCAAGAGCCUUCUUGGUGACCCCCUGAUCAAAGAGUGUUGGGAGUUCAACUACCUUCACGACAUUGACUUCCUCAUGAGUGCGUUUGAUAGUGAUGUCCGCCAUCUGAUCAAGGUUCACGUCAUCCACGGCUUUUGGAAGAAGGAAGAUCCCAAUAGGUUACAGAUACAGUCUGACGCCGCUCGCUAUCCCAACAUCACCACACACCAUGCCUAUCUCCCCGAGCCAUUUGGAACCCAUCACAGCAAAAUGAUGGUGCUCUUGCGAGCCGAUGAUACGGCGGAGAUUAUCAUCCACACGGCAAAUAUGAUUCCGAGAGACUGGAGUAAUAUGACACAAGCCGCCUGGAUAUCUCCUCGACUUCCCCUUUUGAAGCCAGACGCCCAGCAAAAUACGUCCUCUCCUCGAUCCUCACUACCGGCUGGCUCCGGUGAGAAGUUCAAGAUAGACUUUCUGAACUAUCUACGCUCAUAUCGGGCUGCCUGUAACCCGCUCAUUGACCAACUCGCCAAGUAUGACUUCUCCUCGAUACGCGGCUCACUGAUCGCCAGCGUCCCAGGACGACACUCCCUCGUUGACGAUUUUCCCACCCGAUGGGGCUGGGCCGCAAUGAAGAAGACUCUCAAAUCGGUUCCCGUUCGCCAGGCGGGGGAUCGAGCUCAAGGUAGUGGUGAUGUUGAUGACAGUGAAAAGCCCGAGGUUGUAAUCCAGAUAUCCUCCAUCGCCACUCUGGGUCCAACAGACAACUGGCUCAAAAACACCCUUUUUGAAGCGCUCAGCGGUUCCCAAGGCCCCAAACCCCUGUUGUCGUCCAAGUCCAAGCCAGACUUCAAGAUCAUCUUCCCCACGCCGGACGAGAUCAGGAAGUCACUCGACGGUUACGCGUCCGGUGGUUCCAUCCAUACCAAGAUCCAGUCAGCUCAACAAGCCAAGCAGCUCCAGUAUCUGAGACCCAUGUUCUGUCACUGGGCGAACGACUCGGCCGAUGGAGUUGGUACAACUACUACAACUCCCAUCCGCGAAGCAGGCCGCAACCGCGCCGCCCCACACAUCAAAACCUUCAUCCGCUUCGCUAACCACAACACCAAAAACUCUAUCGAUUGGGCCCUCCUUACAUCAGCAAACCUCUCUAAACAAGCCUGGGGCGACGCGCAGAGCAAGAACAAUGCGGGAGAGCCGCAGGUGCGUAUCUGUUCUUACGAGAUUGGUGUGUUGGUGUGGCCGGAGUUGUUUGCGGAUAGUGAUGGUACUAGUAGUGGUGGCAAAACGGGACGGAAGGCGGUUAUGGUACCUACUUUUCUCACAGAUACCCCUGCGAGUCAUGGCAGUGAAAAAGAUAGAACGUCUUCGUUGGGGGAGAAGCAGGGUCCUACGUCAACUAGCGGGAACAGCGAGAAGGAUGGUAAGGGAGAUGACGAGAAGGAGGAAAAGUCUUCGACGGUAGUGGUAGGAUUGCGGAUGCCAUAUAGCCUCCCGUUGAAGAGGUACGGGCUGCAAGAGGUGCCUUGGGUUGCCACGGCGAACCACUUGGAACCAGACUGGAUGGGGCAGGUUUGGCGGCAUGGAUGA